GGGCUUCUUGUACCCGGAACCUGUUAUCGUUAGGUGUUUCCAGACGGUCGUCGUUCGAGCAGGCACUGAUCUCAUAAUGGCGAGGCAUCUACGCUUCGUUGCGCGGACAGUGAUGGUCCAAGACGGCAACGUUGAUGCAGCGUACAAGACUCUGAACAGGCUCCUAACUCAGGAAGGGAUUGUUGACACUGUGAAGCGCAAGCGCUACUUCGAGAAGCCCUGCCGAGAGCGACAGCGGAAGAACUUUGAGAACUGUAGGCGGAUCUACCACAUGGAAAUGGCCAGGAAAAUUGCCUUCAUCUCCAGGACAAGCAGAGAAGAUCCCUGGCUCGGCUGCUAGGGAAAUAUAGUCGGAUGAAACAGGACGUUAUCAAGUGGACUUGUUGAGACGGAAGCGGCAAAGUGGAGGAAGCAAACAAUAUCAACGCAAUGUCACUGUCACAUCCAAAUGAACUUGGGAAAUACUGAAAAUAAUGCCUUUCAUGAUGUCACAGAGCUAUCAGUAAAAGAAAGAAAGAAAGUUUGUAGGUGUGCAUUCAUUUUUGAGUCAACGCUGAUUGUUGUUUUUUUGUUUUGUUUUGUUUUUUCCCCUUAAAUUCUGCGUGCAUUGCUUAUAUUAGGAGAGAAAAAUCUAUGUACUCUUUCUUGGUUGUACUGAGCAGGUUAACGAACACUUGGUUGAUAACAUUAUGUGUUUUCAAUCUUCCGGCACAAUUUUGCUAAUGAAAAAGCUAAUAAAUGUAUGACAUUUUCCGAAGAUUUUAAGUUGGUGAAAAAGUAUUUAUCACAGUUAGACUUCUAUUUAAACAGCAAAGACAAAUGUGAAACACAGAUGUGGUUAGGCACAGUAUAAAGGGAUAUUUUGUCCCCAUAAAGGCAUUGAAAAUAGAUAAAUUAAAACAAUGCAGGAGAUUUUUUUUGAGGGGGAUGAAUGGGGUCUCCGCUCAGCAGCAGUUUGCUGUAAAUUAAUUGAAGGUCCCUUCUGCAUAGUCUGGUGUUAAUGUCCACUGAUGGUGUCAGCAAACUCCCACAAGUGAGACCCAUGCACAUCUGUCAGACCCAAGCUUUUCACCACAUGGGGUUUUGAUGUUUAUGCACUUGCUCACUCACGUCCCCCACACAGGGAAAGGUAAACAUUGCGUCAGACUCACUUGUCUAAGAGGUUACCGGGUCACGUUGAUCCUAGUCCUGUGGCUUUAGUCAGUGGGUGGCAUUGUAAAGACCGAGGGAGCAGACCUAUAGCUAUCUUGCUAUAGUUCUUGGUUUUAUCUGCUCAUGUUUCUUUGAGAUCUUUGCCUCCAAUACAAGAAAUAGUCCCCAGGAAA